GUGUCUUAACAACGCUAGAUAUAAUUGUAUAUUAUAUGCAUUUACAUGUAUGCAUAUAUAUAUUUAUCUUUCAUGUAUAUUUUAAACGAAUUAUUUUACAUUUAUAACUGUACCUAACAUAAACUUUUGUUUCCCUUUUAUUACUGUAUAUUUUCAUGUAAAUCUGUAUUUGAAUCCCUUCUGUAUUUUUGUUACUCACGCUAUAUACGCUAAUAGAUUUCGCAUAGUAUACACGGCAUGCGUGAUUUUACUGAUCUAUAUUGUGUUUCGCAAGGGAACGCGCUGGAUUCAAAACUCUCUUUAUUAUUAGUAUGAUGCCAAUCUAUUAUCAAUAUUUCAAAUACACAAUAAAGAAAAACAUAUGAAUAGUCGAAAGAAAUGAUGAUGUAGAAAAGUAAUUUGUGUAAAGAUCACAGAACACACACGCAUGGCGUUACAUGUCGUUUCAUCGUUUGUGUUACCCUUGACUACGAAGUGUAUUAAAACUAACCAGAGUAAUCUGCGCAACAUGAACAAUAAUUUAUCGUUACGAUUUUCUCACAAAAUGAGGCUAAGUUUCUAUUGGUAGAAUGUAUUAUUAUCUAACAGUGACAAAACGAGCUUAGAGGAGUUUAGUGAAAGCCAGAGGAGACUGUGGAGAUUUGAAAGACCUAGGGGGAGCCAAAAAUCUAGUUGUUCUAUUAGUGUAAACCGACCCUAAGGAAUACAAAGUGUAACCAUCAGAUGACGUUACAUAAUUCAUCAUAUUUUAUAAACAGUAUACUUGUUAAAACGAUUCAUUAAAUGUUAAAGUAAAAUAUCUACUUAAACUGUAUAUUUAGUUUAAACUAAUAAAAUUUAAAACGUAUAACACAACUGCAAAAUUAUGUUGUUAUUGCAUCACAUUACAUGACCUAUUAUAUUCUUGUUGGUUAACCUUCAAAUGAUUAUCUUAUAUUAUUUCGGAAACUAAUACGUAUUUCUUAAUGUUCACUUUGAAAGUAAACAAAAACGAUCACUUGGCAUUUUGAUAGUAAUUUUUUUUUAUUGGAUCCUUCAUGUGUUCGGUAUCAAAAGCAAGUGCUCUAAGUCUGUUUACUCGAUGUCCUGGCUUAUACUGUGGAAGGGAAUUGUCUCCUGAUGGCAAUUGGACCGAUUGUGGUGCGUGCCCUCGAGGUUUUAGGGCAAAUGCAUCUUCUAUAUGUGUACCUUGCGAUGAUGAGCCACAAUUUUAUGACUGGUUAUACCUUGGGUUCAUGGUACUGCUAGCAUUGGUAUUACAUUGGUUUUGUAUUGAUAUGGUAUCUAUGCGACGCAAUAUACCGAAGGAAGUGAUUGCACUACAUUUAUCUGCUUUGAUUGAGGUUGUUGCUGCAUCUCUUAUCACUUUACAAUUAACAGAUCCUAUAGGUACUUUUACAAUUAGAUCAUGUAGAGCCACAAAACUUUCAGACUGGUAUACGUUAUUGCACAAUCCUAGUCCAAAUUAUGAAGAAACUUUACAUUGUACGCAAGAAGCAGUUUAUCCUCUGUAUACUAUGGUUUUCGUCUUUUACACCUUAGGAACAGCUAUCAUGUUAUUGAUAAGGCCACUGAUUGCUAAGAAAUUUUUACCAGAACAAGGAAAGUUUUCAAUUUAUGCUGCUCUAUAUUUCUAUCCUAUUCUUGCAUUGUUACAUGCAAUUGGUAGUGGUCUGAUAUAUUAUUCAUUUCCAUACAUAACUAUAACACUAUCAGUUUUAUCUAAUGCAGCACAUUUUGCAUUUAAAUUAAAUCAGACAAUGAAGUCAUUAUUAUUAAGUUCCGUAUCGGAUAUGAAAAAUAUAAUAGUUAUUUUAGGCCACUGGCUAUUACAUGGAUAUGGGGUAGUCGCGGUAGCGACUCUUCGUGGCUUAAGUUUUCAUCCAGCAAUGCUCACUUUAGUUCCUUUACCAGCAUUAUUUUAUAUUCUUACAGCAAGAUUUACAGAUCCGGACAAACUUCAUAUCCAAUAAACAGUAUCAUAAAAAU